AUGACUGGAUCAGAUGAGCGAACGAGUCUAUUGCCUCCAAGCAUAGAUGAGUCAUCCAAGGACUCCUGGGAAGCUUUGCGCAAAUGUGCACGACCGUUACUGGCGGCUAAUUUCAUGGCGAUUGUCAGUGGACUGAAUGAUGGCAAUUUGGGGAUUAUUCUUCCAGAACUCAAACGCUAUUAUGAUAUUCCUGAUCAAACGGUCUCUCUGUUUUUCCUUUUCAAUGCUGUUGGUUUCUUUUCCGCGGCUGGGAUGAAUGGAUAUUUAGUCCAUCGUCUGGGGCAACUUGGUACCGUCUAUUUAGGCUCCUGUCUCCUGCUUGUGGUGUAUAUCCUGCUCAUGAAUGGGUUUAUAUUUCCUGUCAUGAGUGUCUUGAUGCUGUUCCAGGGCGCAGGGGUCGCCUUGCUGGAUGGCGGCAUGAACGUUUAUGUGGCCAAUGUGCCCAUGGCCACGGUCAUGCUGAAUGUCUUGCAUGCUCUUUAUGGCGUUGGAGCCAUGUUAAGUCCUCUUGUUGGCACGACCUUGCUAUCUUACGGGUUGUCCUGGAGAUAUAUCUAUGUAUUCCUUGCCGGAGUGGCUUGCUUCAACUUGAUCUUGGUCGCCGUAUGUUUCCGCAGCAAAGAUCUUGAAAGCGCAGAAAGCGAAGAUCCAAAGAUCGAUAACAGCACAGUACGUCGGGACGCUCUUAUGAACCGGAUGACCAUCCUUGGCGCAGCGUAUAUUCUCGUUUAUGCGGGCGUAGAAGUCACGAUGGGCGGCUGGAGUUACACUUAUUUAUAUGAAGGGCGUCACGGUGAUCGCAUCGCCAUGGGUCGAGUCACCGCAGGUUACUGGGCAGGAUUGGCCGUCGGUCGUCUGGUGCUAGGAUACCUCGCCGGAAAAUUUGGCGAAAAAAGAAUGAUUACACUCUAUACCACCAUCACCGCCGUUCUACUCGUCGUUAUAUGGAUCGUACCCAACGUUUGGAUAAGUUCUAUUUGUAUCGUAUUGACUGGGUUUGCUAUUGGCCCGAUGUUUCCUACAACGGUGUCAUUGGCCUCCAAAGUGCUCCCUAGGAAUAUGCAUGCCACGUCGAUAGGGUUCAUGUCUGCUUUCGGGGCCGGAGGAGCCGCCUUGUUUCCUUUCUUCACCGGUCAAUUAGCAGGCCAUUAUGGCAUCUUGAUUAUGCCGUUGACAUGUCUGGUGAUGGCAAUAGCUAUGCAGCUUAUUUGGGGAUUCAUGCCCUCAGAGCAUCAAAAGUCAAUAACACUACGAUCGGCUCAGUAA